ACUACCUCGUCUCAUCCUGCCACUUAGCUUACCCUUGUCUUUUGGGCCUUCAACUCGAUCCACCAGAACAUAUAUGACCACUCCCGCUGCCAAGGUUGAAACUUGGAACACCUAUGAAUUCCUUACCUUACGAGCUCCUCAAUGCCAUCGUUCACGAAGUCCCUCCUGGCCAGAACCUCUUACAGGUUCGAAUGUUGAACCGGACAUUCUGUGCGAUAACUACGCCGCUCAUAUUUCGACGAGUCGAUGUUACUAAUACGCCUGAGAGCGCAAGGACAUUCAGUAAUAUCUUACGAUCCAAGGCGCUUGCAUGUGUUGUCCAAGAAAUUGUCUUCCGAGAAAACUAUGCAGUUCUCAUGGGCAAAGGUCUCUAUUUGUUCCAGGGUUCUCGUCAAGCAUUGAGCCGAUUGUCCUUGAACACAUCGCACCCAGAAGUUAUAGCCUUACAGGAAUCCCUCGCUUUGUCAUUCUCCUGCCUUCGCGAUUUCUCAUCUAUCAAAUGCCUGUCGUUAUCAUUUUGGUCUGGGAGCAGACACUUUUAUUCACAACAUCCAUGGAAUCUUCAAAUGGCAAUCAUCCGCGCGAUUUCAGGUCAAUUAUCCCUAGCUACACUCACUUGUCUCUCCAUCAACAACUUGUACACAUGUCACGGCCCACAGUUUGAUGACCCUGCUUUUCAGAAUCUCUUCAGUGGACUCGACACUCUACGUAUCUCAUCGUCUUGCGGCUUGGACCCCCCAGCCCCGUUAUUUCAGCUCCCAUUUGCCAAAUUUUGGG